AUGGUUGAACCUGUAGGCAACCAGUAUGUUGUGGCCCGGCCACUGUAUUCAGACCUUUUUUUUGAUGAAGAGCAUCAGAAAGUGCACAGAUACCAUAAAACAUUUGUGGACCAUCUCAGAGUAUGCUUUAGAUGCACUCCACAAAAAGCAAAGAAAGUUGCACUUAAUUUGUUUCCUGUCAUCUCCUGGGUACCUGCAUACCGCUUUAAGGACUGGAUUCUCAAUGACAUUGUUUCGGGAAUCAGCACAGGGUUGGUGGCUGUCCUACAAGGUCUAGCAUUUGCUUUGCUGGUAAAUGUUCCUCCAGGCUAUGGACUCUAUGCAGCCUUUUUCCCAGUGGUUAUGUAUUUUUUCUUUGGCACUUCCAGACAUAUAUCAGUUGGUCCUUUUCCUGUCCUGAGCUUGAUGAUAGGAGGAACUGUUUUAAGGAUGGUCCCAGAUACACCGGGUAACAACAGCAUGCUAACAAACAGUUCAUUGAUAGAUCAGCACAGAGUCAUUGUGGCAGCAUCUGUGACUGUGCUUGCAGGCAUCAUUCAGCUGCUGUUGGGUGUCCUACGGAUUGGCUUCAUAGUUAUUUAUUUAUCUCAGUCUUUAAUAAGUGGAUUCACUACUGCUGCAGCUGUCCAUGUCGUAAUGUCCCAACUGAAAUUUAUCUUUCAACUGCCAAUUCCUGGAUAUAAUAAACCCUUGGGAAUUAUAUGGACGCUUAAAGGUGUAUUUGAGCAGAUUACCGACACAAACAUUGCAGACCUUAUCACUGCGAUCAUCAUCUUGGUCAUCGUGUUUGUGGUCAAAGAAAUGAAUGAACGUUAUAAAACCAAGCUACCAGCACCUAUCCCCAUUGAACUCAUUGUGACAGUCAUAGCAGCUGGGUUAUCCUAUGCCUGUAAUUUCAAAGACAAAUACAAGGUAGACAUUGUUGGAAAGCUAGAUAGAGGAUUUCAGGCUCCUGUUUCACCAGACAUAAACAUCUUCGAAAGCUGUUUGGGUGAUGGUUUCUCCAUUGCAAUUGUUGGCUUUGCUGUAGCCUUUUCAGUGGCUAAAGUAUAUUCCAUUAAGCAUGAUUACCCCAUCGAUGCUAACCAGGAAUUAAUUGCCUUUGGAAUAAGCAAUAUCUUUGGUGGUACAUUCAAAGGAUUUGCUGCAAGCACUUCGCUGUCCAGAUCUGGUGUACAGGAGAGCACAGGAGGCAAAACACAGAUUGCUGGACUCCUUUCUGCUAUAAUUGUCCUGAUUGUCAUCCUGGCUAUAGGUCAUCUCUUGGAACCAUUGCAGAAGUCAGUCCUUGCAGCUUUGGCUCUUGGCAAUUUAAAGGGAAUGCUGAUACAGUUCAAAGAGAUAGGAAUUUUGUGGAAAAAGGACAAAUAUGACUGUUUUAUCUGGAUUGUAGCCUUCCUAGCUGCUCUCUUACUGGGGCUAGAUCUUGGACUGGCAGCUGGAAUAGGAUUUGAACUUUUGACCGUUAUAUUCCGUGCACAAUUUCCAAAAUGCACAGUUUUGGCUAAUGUUGGAAGAAGUGACAUCUACAGAAACAGAAAGGAUUACACAGAUAUAUAUGAGCCAGAGGGAGUGAAAAUUUUCAGAUGCCCAUCCCCAAUCUUCUUUGCUAAUAUUGACUUCUUCAAGGACAAAUUGACUUCAGCGAUUGGAUUUAAGCCACUAAGGGUGCUACGUAAGCGUAACAAAGCUCUGAGGAAAAUCAGAAGAAUGCUGAAGAAGGGAGAGCUUCAAGUGACACCUAAAGGUUUUCUUUGCACUGUUAAUGGUAUAAGUGAUUCUGAUGAAGAGCUGGACAACAACAGCAUUGAAGAAUUAGAUCAGCCCCCAGAUACCAGAGAUUUGCCAAUUCAGAUAGACUGGAACUCAGACCUUCCUCCCAACAUCAUAGUUCCGAAGAUUGACACACACAGCGUCAUUCUCGAUUUCUCUGCAGUAUCAUUUCUUGAUGUUUCCGCUAUGAGAGUCCUCAGAGAGGCUUUGAAAGAAUUUGUCCGGAUUGAUGUGGAUGUAUAUAUUGUGGGAGCACAUGAUGGCCUUCUGGAUAAACUGGAAAGAUGUGGAUUUUUUGAUGAUGAAAUAAAGCCAUCCAUCUUUUUCCUUACCAUUCAUGAUGCAGUUUUAUAUAUAUUGCUAAAAAAGGAUAGGAGCAAUGUUGAUUUCUCUAAAUCUAAAACAUUUGUUCCAUCCCAGGAAAAGGAAGGCAAAGAUCAUUAUAUAAUCAAUACCAAUGGACUACGCAAUCGGGAACUUAUGGAACCACCAGAAACAAAAUUUUAAUUAUCAUAGACACUAACAAGCAGAAGAUCAAACAUUGGAGCAUAAGCUAGUUGGAAGAUGCUGUAAGCAGUCACUGUACAGGAACCAUUUCUAUCUUGGAAACCACUUUAUAACAUGGGUGUAUACUAAUACUAAUUCUGAUUUGAAUCUUCCCAUGUUCAUGCUAGUGCAGCCAGAAACGAAUGUAACCAUUGAUGCAUAAAAGAAGUACCAGCAGACUCAGGGCAGCUCUGAAGAAUGCACAAGUGCAAAAAAUCUUGAAGGAAAAAAAACACAGCCCCUUAACAACUACACUAAAUGGCACAGAAUGUUGAGAAGAGAGAAAAAUUUGACAACUUGGUGGGAGAGAAAAUUAAAUGGAGUUGCUGGAACAGGAAGACAGAAAACUGUAUGUAUAUUAUAGGGUACAAAGAAUAGCCUAGUUUUCUGGAAAGGUCACUUGGUUCACACUGAGAAUAUUUUUCAGUGUCCCAGUGAACAGAAGAGAGAGCUACCCAUAUACAUCUGUGGAGAUUUAUUAAAAAUUCAGUGAAGCUGGGAUUGGGCACCAGUGUGUUCACCACCCACCCACCCACCCAGCAAACCCUGCCCCCCCCAAAAAAAAAUGGAGAGGAAGAAAUGGAAAAGAAAAAUCCCCAAAACAGGAGAGCUGAGCAUGCUCAGUGGACAUGGAUAGGGACAACCAAAACCACGGAUGUGAAUGGAAUUGAGUAGCUGGAAUGCUGAACAGAAACACUCUACACUGCAACAUUUUGUAUAGGUACAAUGUAAAAAUUAUGCCCCACUUGUAAAUGUACAAUAUAAAAAAAUAUGUGACAGUUCUGAUAAUAUACAAUACUGAAUUGUUAUCUGUAAUAUCAAAUACGAAUUUAAAAU